UAGAAGCCGCCUAAAAAAACAACAAAAACAAAACAUUGGUGUCUGCUCGAAAAACCUCAACCUUAAUCUCAAUCAAGUCAUAGAAAGAAAGAAAAAAAAAAACCUUUGAAAACUUUUUUCUGAUUGUUGCAACUUUCAAUCUUUGCUGAAAUUAUUGAAAAUCUUGUCUUUGAAUAUACUAAACAAAAACAUAUAAUCUCGUUUCCUUGACUCUUCAUUUGUUAAUGGAGAGAGAGGGAAACGAUGGUGACUUGGGAGGAGAGAGAGACAAAUCUCUCCCAGGUACAUCUUUGGAUCGUAAACCAUCCAUUUUUAACUCAACCCUUUUGUUGUAUAAUGUUGGUGAGGUCAUUCUUAGCUUAAACUCAGAUGGGUUGUCUUGGAAAUCGGUGGAGCCUUUGGAAAAUGAUGUUUCAACUUGUUUAGGCAUUAAAUACGUUUCCAAGGUUGCUUCUGAGAUCAAACUUUCGGACAUAUAUGCUGUUGAGUUGAUUGAUAACAGUUCGAUUCACAAAUUAAAUCUCCCUCGUGGCACUGAACGUACACUUUCGAGUCAUGAUAGAAAGAUGUUCCACUUUACUGUGCACGGUUUUAUAAAGAGUAAGAAUCAACCUUCACAGUGGAUCCUGGCUGAAUAUACUUUCGGGCAUACAAAUUUGCAAACAUGUCUGAUGUGGGUAAAUCAACUUGAUUCAUCUUUGAAACUUGAAGUUGGAAGACCAAGGAGUCUUCUGGUUUUUGUUCAUCCAAGGAGUGGGAAAGGUAAUGGCUGUAGAAAUUGGGAAGCUGUGGCUCCUAUAUUCGCACUCGCCAAAGUAGAAACAAAGGUGAUUGUGACAGAGAGAGCAGGCCAAGCAUUUGAUAUGAUGUCAUCUCUAACAAAUAAGGAGCUUAACUCAUAUGAUGGUGCUAUAGCUGUUGGUGGUGAUGGAUUUUUCAAUGAAAUCCUUAAUGGGUUCCUUUCUCCCAGGCUUAAAGCUCCCUACCCACCAACUCCUCCAGAUUUUGUUCAUUUGGCUAAAGAUAAAGGCGAUUCCUUGGUUGUUGAUGAAAAUGAAGUGUUUGAGGAGACUUCAAGUCAAAGUGAAGACCAGUUUCCUCUGAUUUCAAGUGCAAAUCAAUCUGGGUUGAGAAUAUCAAAUUCUAGUUCGGAAGAUAAGGCUCCUGAGUUUCCUGUUCCAAAUGAAUGGUUUAGAUUUGGGAUCAUUCCCGCAGGUUCAACUGAUGCCAUUGUGAUAUGUACAACUGGAGCUCGAGAUCCUAUAACUUCUGCAUUGCAUAUUGUCCUUGGUAAAAGGGUACACCUUGACAUAGCUCAAGUUGUGCGAUGGAAAAAAACUCCUAGAUCUGAGGUUGAACCUUUAGUGCGCUAUGCAGCUUCCUUUUCAGGGUAUGGAUUUUAUGGCGAUGUUAUCAAAGAGAGUGAGAAGUAUCGCUGGAUGGGUCCCAAACGUUAUGAUUAUGCUGGAACAGUGGUAUUUUUAAGGCACAGGUCAUAUGAGGCAGAAAUAUCAUUCCUAGAUGAUGAAUCAGAGGAAACCGAUUCGACGACUUCCAAAAGGAGUCGUGAAAGUAGCCUUUUACGGGGAUUGAAAUCUCCACGCAGAUCAGAAAGAUGUAUCUGCCGUAUUAAUUGCAAAGUUUGUAAUGAAAAGCCAAAUAAUGCAGCUGCUGGAACUUGCAGCUUAACACCUCAUUUAAAUUCAGAAAAGAGAAGAUGGGUGAAAUCAAAAGGACGGUUUAUUAGUGUUGGAGCUGCGGUAAUCUCUAACAGAAAUGAAAAAGCACCCGAUGGUUUGGUUGCUGAUGCACACCUUUCAGAUGGCUUCCUUCAUCUCAUAAUGAUUAAAGAAUGUCCUCACGCUUCUUAUUUAUGGCACCUGACUCAACUUACAAAAAGAGGGGGAAGCCCUUUGAAUUUUAAGUUUGUCGAACAUUGCAAGACCCCUGCUUUUACCUUCACUUCUUCUGGCAAUGAGAGUGUAUGGAAUGUGGAUGGUGAGAUGUUUCAGGCACACCAACUCUCUGCUCAAGUGUUUCGCGGUCUCGUAUGCAUGUUUGCAACUGGUCCUGAAAUUUAAUUGAAAGAGUUUUGGCCAUGGUCUUAAAUGGAACCAUGAUAAAGCUUAUUUAGUACCAAACAAUUCUGUGUAUAUAUUUAUCUGUAGCAAUGCCUAAUUUUCCUUUAAGUGGAGGAUUUGAAUGAUGCCUCUUUUUCCUUUAUCUGUAGCAAUGCCUACAUUUGAAUUUAUGUAUGUAACCCUUGGUUCAUGAUUGUUAUGUUUUUAUAAGGGGAAUUCUUGAGGAUCAAAAUGCAAGUCACCUUAAUAUUGGGUGGGAGCAUGUGAUCUUUUAUGGAUAUUGUAAUUUCUAAUGAAUAAAUAUAGAUGACAAUUAGGCAGUAAUCAUGUUCAAUGCAUGAGUAUUUUCAGUUGAUGAUA